CUGACAAUUUAUACAAUGGAGAAGCGUGCCCCAUGAGCCCCAUAACAAACUCUUUUUGUUGACUCCUGUAAUAAAACUGUGUUCCCUGAACAAAUCCAGAUUGAAUAUUAAACAGAAUAAAUCCAGACUGAACUAAUGAAAGGCUAUAAUGGAUUUCUUUGUAGCAGAUUAUUUGAAGUAAGAAAGAAAAAAAAACAACUUUAGGGACAGGUCGUCAAAAUGUUUCAGCACUCAGCCCUUAUUGUCUGGACACUAUUUAUUUUAUCGAUUGUCUUCAGUAAAGUUUCUGGACAUGGUCGUCUGGUUGAGCCGCCAUCGCGCGCAACAAUGUGGCGGUUUGGAUUUAAAACAUUACCGAACUACGAUGACAAUCAACUCUUUUGUGGCGGAGUAUCUAUUCAAUAUGGCGUGAAUGGAGGAAAAUGUGGAGUUUGUGGAGAUCCUUGGAACUCAGUUAGAGACCACGAGGCUGGCGGGAAAUACGCCACUGGAAUUUUGGUUAGGAAGUACAACACCGGAAGUGUUAUUGACGUCGUCAUAGAACUGACAGCUAACCAUAAAGGUUAUUUUCAGUUUCGUCUCUGCCCUAACAAUGCUCCCAAUGCCACAAUCACACAGGCCUGUUUAGAUCAGUACCUUCUUGCUCGUACUUCUGAUGGAGCAACGACAUUAGGCGUUCCUGCCGGGGACUACUCCAAGACGAUGAUACUUGUCUACAGACUUCAACUUCCAAAAGGUGUUAAAUGCCGGGCUUGCAUGCUGCAAUGGAAAUACAAUGCCGGUAACAGCUGGGGCGUUUUUCCAAAUGGGACCAGCUGCAUAGGAUGUGGGGACCAAGAACAGUUUUACGGCUGUGCUGACAUAGCCAUAGGAUAUGACGAUGUGGUCUUAGGCGAGUUUCAAUCGUAUUUUCCAUAUGCCACUGACAGCCCCAUCAGCGACCAUACGGUCAUUCAGAACUUUGAUACGGAUUAUCCAAACCAAAACUGUGCUGAAGUAUUUUACGGAGUCUGUAUUUCAUCAUGCCCGUCAUUCUCUUCUCUGUCUGUGUUGGCAGAUGUCAUACUGGCCAUCGGGACAUACCUACUAGUAGUACGUUAGUCAGACUAGUGGUUUGUGUUUUUUUACAAUGUCAAGAGUUAGCGUUAUUUAAAUGUUAUUUAUUUACUGUAUCAUGAAUUAUCAUUACGAUAUUAGAGAGAAUGGACAGAGGCGUAGCAACCAUGUCGCGAAGGGAUUCAUUGCGACCACGAAUGAUAAACUACUAGGGACCCACGGGGCACAUUGAAAGAUGAACAUUUAUUACGUUGAAGAAGACGUGCAAGUAUUGAGUGUGUCAUGAAAGUAUUGAGUGUGUCAUGCAAGUAUUGAGUGUGUCAUGAAAGUAUUGAGUGUGUCAUGAAAGUAUUGAGUGUGUCAUGCAAGUAUUGAGUGUGUCAUGAAAGUAUUGAGUGUGUCAUGAAAGUAUUGAGUGUGUCAUGCAAGUAUUGAGUGUGUCAUGAAAGUAUUGAGUGUGUCAUGAAAGUAUUGAGUGUGUCAUGAAAGUAUUGAGUGUGUCAUGCAAGUAUUGAGUGUGUCAUGCAAGUAUUGAGUGUGUCAUGCAAGUAUUGAGUGUGUCAUGCAAGUAUUGAGUGUGUCAUGCAAGUAUUGAGUGUGUCAUGAAAGUAUUGAGUGUGUCAUGAAAGUAUUGAGUGUGUCAUGAAAGUAUUGAGUGUGUCAUGAAAGUAUUGAGUGUGUCAUGAAAGUAUUGAGUGUGUCAUGGAAGUAUUGAGUGUGUCAUGAAAGUAUUCUUGUAUAGAAAAAAAAGUCGCAUAAUUAUUGGAAUGUCAUUUUAUUAAUGUACUGACCCAUACAUAAUGACUCGAUGCUCUUGUUGUGGGGGAAGAUCUUCGAUGGUCCAAGUUUCUAACUCUGCUCACGGCCAUCCUGUGCCGUACUGUGGAGCUUCUGGACUAGAUUCUAAUCAUCUGAAGGAAAGUCCAUA